AUGCCGUUGUGGUCCAUGCUCUCAAUGAGGCCGUCGGGGUGGUCCUCCCCAGCUGCUCCACAGACCGACUUUGCAGGCUUAACACCGGUCAGAGAGUCUCUUCUAUCGGCGAAACGACAGGGAUGGCUUGUGCUGGUCGUUGGGAACGGCCUUCUGUCGCAUUGGGCCACAGUCUGGAUCUUUGAGAAUGGCGAAGUCUUUUCGGCGGAGUUGCUCGCACGGGAUCUGCUGACUGGAGAGCGCUGGGGAGGGAGCGACUUCCAGAUGAGGGGAAUCCAAGGAUACCCGGACCUUCGGGGUGGUAGACCUGGCCUUCAUGGUGGAAACAGUAAGAUGCUUAGACGCUUAAUAAGCACGAACGACCCCGACCUCGUGGCUCGGUGUGAGACUUGCCGUGCAAUCGUCGCAGAGUAUCUCCACCAAUAUGGGUAUAUGAUCAUGACACAUCAUUACGGCCGGUUCGAGACUUCUCCCGCCGACGUCUAUGCCAAGGCUGAAGCAGUGCCUCUUAACGGAAGCCAAUACGACAUGCUCUUCCACAACUGCCAGCUGUGGGUCGUCAUGCUAUUACAUGACGGGUACCACAUUGGAUUCCACGAGCUUCCAACAGCAAUUGGCGCUGUCGUGGCAGGACCAUUACUUCUUGUCGUGGAACUUUGUUUUCUCGGCUUUUAUCUUUUUCUACGGCAUCUUCUGCCUGUGAUCUCCGUCGUCUUUGGAGUCAUGUGGUUCUCGUUGCUAGUGUGGUUUUCAGUGCUGUACAUCAAGCGAGCACAGCGCCUUUUCUCAUGGGAAGUGAUUGUCGGCGGAAGCAUGGUCCUGGGAAUUCCUGUGUUCGACAAGUCUGCAUCACUUGCAGCUGCUCUUCCAUUCAUCACAUUGGUUUGGGACCUGGUCGUGGUAUACCAGUCGAUGCGACAAACCAAGGUAUUUGAGAGUGGCUUCCUUAUUGUAUGGAACUUUGGAGCGACUCUGGUUAGUGUUGGACUCGCCAGUGUGGUUCAAACAUGUUAUGGGGUUCAGUCAGUUCCAGAUGUAGCUUCCCAUGUAUUGGGCGCGGUCGUGUCGACAUUGCAUGCUGUAGGUUUCGCUUUGUGCAGUGCUGCUGGAGCUGCAGCUUCCUUGGUACUUAGUGCAGCCAGCAAGUUUGCUUCCAACAUUUUUGGCAACAUUGCCUUGCUGUUGUUGGGUGCAGCUGCCCUCGCAGAUUUGCUCUUCAGCCUUCUUUUUCUGCAGCCUCCGUUGACGAUGUUUAGACUGCUGUACCUGCAGUGUCGAAAUCGGGAUGACGACACAUAA